AAAAACAUGAUGACGUUUCACAUGCGACACAACAGUCUGCUCUUGCAACAGCCACGCGCAAAAUGUAGCCUAGUUAGUUUCAUUUGAGAGCCUCGGGGGAGAAAAAGUAGAUAUAUUCAUCUAAAAGUUGUUCCGGAUUGUUAUUAUAACCUUCACAGUGUGAGUUUGCAAAUGGACGUCGAGGAGAGGUGCGUUCGCCUGCAGGAGAAGACGUGAAGCGAGCGGCUCCGCUCUUCUUCCUCCUCUGACUGCUGCUGAAUGAGACACGACCGUGGAGCUGCCAUGUAUGUAGCCGAGAAGCAUGAGUAGUCAGGACAGUCAGACAGACGACUACGCGGUGCAGCAGGAAAACGAAUUAGAGGCCCUUGCGUCUAUAUUUGGGGAGGAUUUCCAUGAUCUUCGGAGCAAAGACCCCUGGAAGGUUAAAAGGCCUCCCGAGGUCUAUCUCUGUCUGCGGCCCAACGGGUUAAACAAUGGCCAGGAAUGCUACGUGACCGUGGACCUGCAGGUGAAAUGUGUCCCCACUUACCCGGACGUGCCUCCAGAGCUGGAACUGAAGAACGCCAAAGGUCUCUCAAACGAAAAACUGCAGAACCUCCAGGAUGAACUCACUAAGCUGGCAGCAGUACGAUGUGGGGAGGUGAUGAUUUACGAGCUCGCAGACCAUGUCCAGGGGUUUUUGAGCAAGCACAACAAACCUCCAUCGCGCUCCUUCCACGAGGAGAUGCUAAAAAACCAGCGGAGGCAGCAGGAGAAACAGGCCCUGGAGGAGCAGCAGAGGAUGGACCGGCAGCGCCAGAAAGAGGAGGAGAUGGAAAAGGAAAUCAUGGCUGUAAUCCAAAAAAGAGAAGAGGAGAAGCGAGAGGAGAAGAGAAGAAAGGAAAUUGCCAAACAGGAGCGUCUUGAGAGCAUAGAGUCGGUGUCUGUGUUAGGAAAAAGUCCACCCAGUUCAGGUGGAACUGCUGCUGAACUAACUGAAGCCAAGGCAGCUGCUGGGAACCAGCGACGAACAACCUCAAGUUCACGCCACAGACGCGACACAGUAAACGACGACGGGCUCCGCCCACAGGAGCUUCUGCACUUUCACAGCAACACUUUAGGAGAGCUCGUCGUCCACAAAGGCAAAUGUUUGGGUGAAAGCCAGCGCCUUGGUCGUAGCGUUUACUGCGCUUUUGAAGCCAACUCUGGAGAGUUUUCCGUCCUCUAUGAGUGGUCGUUGCGCUGGAGCAAGAAGAUGGGCAAGUUCUUCACCAGCCAAGAAAAAGGAAAGAUAGAGAACUGUAAGAAGCAGAUCCAUGCAGCAGAAAAUGAGUUUAACUCCCUCCUGCGUCUCAGUCACCAAAACUUGGUUCACUACAUGGCGCUGAGCUCCAUUGAGAAGGAAGACUGCCUCACCGUUCAUCUGCUGGUGGAGCAUGUGCCAGGAACCAGCUUGAAUCAAAGUUUAGGUGCUGACUCCCCGGUCCUUCUGGACAAACUCUGCCACUACGCGGCACAGCUGCUGUCUGCCCUUGACUACCUCCACACCAACUCCGUUGUCCACAAGCAUCUGGGGGCCUCCAGCGUGCUGGUGGACUCCGAGGGCACCGUUCGCUUGACAGAUUACAGCUUAUCGAAACGGUUCUCCGACAUCUGCAAGGAAGACAUUUUUGAGCAAGCCCACGUUCGUUUCUCUGAGGGCGUGGUCAUGCCAACAAAAACCGGCAAGAAGGGGGAUGUGUGGAACUUGGGGCUGAUGCUGCUGGCUCUGAGUCAGGGCAAAGAAGUGAUGGAGUAUCCAGUGACGGUGCCGGCGAGCUUGCCUGCUGAUUUCCAGGAUUUUUUACACAAAUGCGUUUGUCUGAAUGAUGCUGAACGCUGGACGACUCAGCAGCUCUUGGACCAUUCCUUCCUCAAACCUCCGUUACCUAAAAACCUCCUGCACUACCAGGAAACCAGCCCAGAAGAUCUAGCGGAGGACUUUGCAUCAACCGUCAUCCCACAAAACCACAUCCUCAAUUCUCCCUUCAGCUCAGGGUUGCAGAGACAAUUUUCCCGUUACUUCAACGAGUUUGAGGAGUUGCAGCUCCUUGGUAAAGGUGCCUUUGGUGCUGUCAUUAAGGUCCAAAACAAACUUGAUGGCUGUUAUUAUGCAGUGAAGCGCAUCCAGGUCAAUCCAGCUAGUAAGCAAUUCAGGCGGAUCAAAGGCGAGGUCACGCUGCUGUCGCGCCUGAACCACGAGAACAUUGUCCGCUAUUACAAUGCGUGGAUUGAGCGCCACGAGCUGCCCUCCACAGGCAUCCCGAGCAACUCGGACAGCUCAGAAGCGCAGAGCCCAGCUGACCAACAUCCAAAGAGCAGAGCAUCACCUCAGCGCAUGAAUGAACUGGGUCUGCCAGACAACGUGGAGGACAUGGCGCCGCCUCCUGCCCUGUCCAGCUCUGUGGAGUGGUCCACCUCCAUUGAGAAAUCCUCCAGCGCGAAGUGCAGCGGACAUCAGUCAAGUGAUGAAGACGAAGAUGAAGAUGAUGAAGAUGUAUUUGGAGCAUCUUUUUUGCCUUCAGACAGCGACUCAAGGAGCGACAUCAUCUUCGAUAAUGGCGAUGAAAGUGCUGAUGAGAUGUCCCAGGCUGAGAAGAGCGAAAGGCCGGCGACCGACACGACGGAGAGCUUAGACUCCGAUCGGCAGCUGUCCAUAGCGCAUUACUUGUACAUACAGAUGGAAUACUGUGAAAAAAGCACUUUAAGAGACACAAUCGAUCAAAGUUUGCACUUGGACCAGAACCGACUCUGGAGACUCUUCAGAGAAAUCCUGGAUGGCCUUGCUUACAUCCAUGAGCAGGGCAUGAUCCACAGAGAUCUGAAGCCAGUCAACAUCUUCCUGGACUCCCAGGACCACGUGAAAAUUGGAGACUUUGGCUUAGCUACAGAUCAUCCUGCUAAUGUGGCUGCAGGGAAGUUUGAGCUGGAAGACAGUGGCUCUGCUGCCGUUCUUAAACCGGACCCAACAGGAAACAUGACAGGGAUGGUGGGCACAGCCCUUUAUGUUAGUCCAGAGGUUCAGGGAAACACCAAAGCCACUUACAACCAGAAAGUGGACCUGUUUAGCCUGGGCAUCAUCCUGUUUGAGAUGUCCUACAGGCCGAUGACCACUGGCGCAGAGCGGAUUUCUGUCCUUGGCAAGCUGCGAGUGGAACCCAUCUCCCUCCCAGAAGAUUUUCCAGCGUAUAAUCAGGGAACACAGAGAAAGGUGAUCGAGUGGCUUCUAAAACACGACCCAGCCCUUCGGCCCACCGCGCAGGAGCUGCUCAAGAGCGAACUCCUGCCACCUCCUCAGAUGGAGGAGUCGGAACUGCAUGAGGUCCUGCAGCACACCAUGGCUAACAUCAACGGCAAAGCCUACCGCACCAUGGUGGGCCAGCUUUUUGCCCAGAACGCCUCACCAGUAAUGGAUUAUACCUAUGAUAUAGAUCUGCACAAGGGCAACUUCAGCGUUAACACUGCCAAAUUGCAGCAGCAUGUGUACGAAACCAUCACCAGGAUCUUUAAGAAGCACGGUGCCGUGCGCCUCCAGACUCCUCUGCUUCUGCCCAGAAACAGGAAGUUGUACGACGGCAGUGAGCUCGCCUGCUUCAUGGACCACAGCGGCAUGCUGGUCACACUGCCCUAUGACCUUCGAAUGGCGUUUGCGAGAUUUGUGGCCCGCAAUAAUAUAGCUCACCUGAAGAGGUACAGCAUCGAGCGUGUGUUCCGCCCAAGGAAGCUGGACCGUGCACACCCCCGGGAGCUCGUGGAGUGCGCCUUCGACAUUGUCACGCCCGUCACCAACAGCUUGCUGCCUGACGCAGAAAUUAUUUACACCAUCUCGGAAAUAAUUCAGGAAUUCUCAGCGUUGCAGGAAAGGAACUAUAACAUCUAUCUGAAUCACACCAGCUUGUUGAAGGCCAUCCUGCUUUACAGCGGCGUCCCAGAGGACAAACUAAGCCAGGCCUCCAACAUUCUCUGCGACGCCAUGAAUGAAAAACUGACUAAACGUGAGGUGGAGGCAAAGUUCUGUAAUUUUUCGCUAUCGAGCAGCAGCCUGCAAACGCUCUACAAGUACAUAGAACAGAAGGGCAGCCUGCAGGAACUGGCACCGCUGCUGGCGUUGCUCACCAAACAGAAGACGGCCGUCACCCAGCUCGCCAAGCAGGGGCUGAAGGACCUGGAGGAGCUGAUUUUGCUUCUGCGCAGACUGGGCGUGAAACUGAGGGUGGUGGUUAAUUUGGGCCUGGUCUACAAGGUGCAGCACCACUCUGGAGUCAUUUUCCAGUUUGUGGCUUUCAUCAGGAAGCGGAAGCGAACUGUCCCAGAUAUAGUGGCUGCUGGAGGACGCUAUGACCACCUGAUUCUGGAAUUCCGAAGUCCGACUUCGACGAUCCCAGUGCCGAAUGCCGUGGGGGGCAGUGUGGCUCUGGACAAAGUCUGUGCAGCCAUAGCCAGCAUGGAGGAGCCAGUAAUGGUGAGCUCUUGUGAUGCACUAGUGGUACCAGUAGGACACUCUUCCAUGUGCAGAGCUAUUAAUGUCGUCCAGAAAUUGUGGAGCAGCGGCGUCUCUGCAGACAUCACCUACGAUUUCUCACAGUCCCAGGAGACGUUGGUGGAGCACUGCAGGCUGGCAGGCAUCACAUGCCUGGCCCUCGUGUCUGACAAAGAAGGAAACUAUGUGAAGGUGAAAUCCUUCGAGAAGGACCGACAGUCUGAGAAGCGAAUUCCAGAGUCGGACUUGGUGGACCACAUCAUUCAGAAAUGUCGGACCAAGUUCUUUGAUGAGAGAAACAUCAGAGAAAUGACUGAAAGCAUGAGCCUUCAGAACCCCAAAGGAUCGACCCAGAACUGCACAGGCUCUUCAGAGCCUCAUGGGAGCAGCAGCACAACCAACAUGAACGUGAACGUCAUUAGUCCGGAAAAGGUUUCUGCAAGUGCCAGACGGCGCUAUGAGACUCAGAUCCAAACUAGACUGCAGAAUCUCAGCACCAAUUUACAAAACAAGAGCAAUGACAUUGAGGUUCUAGCAGUUGACUUGCAGAAGGAAAUCUUGAUCAACUUCCUGUCUCUGGAGUUUGAAAGCGAAGAACAGUUCAACAGCAGCGUGAAGACCCUGUUGUCUCAUCUCCCAAAGCAGCGCUACCUGAAGUCCAUCUGCGACGAGAUCCAUCACUUCAAAAUAACAAAAAGGGUGGCUGUGGUUGUACUGUACAGCUACAAGGAUGACUACUACAAGAUCCUCCUGUGAGCAUUGCAGGGAUCCCAACGGACCAGGAAGUAUUUCAGUUCGACUUGGACUGAACCAAGUCUCAAAGGCGGCUUUUUUUUUUUUUUUUUUAACCUUUAAUCUGUGAAAUCGGAUGGACAAUUUCAUUGAUUUCUGCUGUUUUGGAUUCAGGUGUUGGAGCCAAAUUGUACUUCCUUCCAAAGAGACUUCUGACAGGUUCUGGUUUGGACAUGGUUUUCAUUAGACUCUUUGCCUUAAGGCAACUCUACAGUUUGAAAGAAAAAGGGCUUUUUAUUGAAGAUUACACCACAAUCAGGGGAAUGUUACUUUUCUAUUAGCAACACGUUGGAUAAAGAGAAUAAAAACUCAUUUUUCUCAUCUG